UUCUCCUCUAUCCCUGCAGGCAUUCUCUUUCUUUCUUUCUUUCUUUCCACCUCUCCCUCCCUCUAUUAGUCUGGACCCUUUCUCUCUGCCAUCUCACUCCUCCCAUUCCCACCACAAUCUCCCUUCAGGUCAGUGAGCAUUAGUUCUCCCACAGGGGCAAGGGGAACGUUGGGACGGCAACGACACCACGACGACAAGCCUCUCCGGCAUCAUUUCCACGACGACGCCAUCUCGGCAGGAGCAUUACCACGGUGACACCCUCUCCUGACACGCCUAGCGGACACUGUGGGUUGGUUUGCAGGUGCACUCUGCGCAGAGACGGGGGAGGGAGGGACAUAACUAUCUUCUUUCUGUCUCUCUAUCUCUCUCUCUCUCUCUCAUAUCUCUCUGAGUAUUUUUGUAUCUGACCUGGGAUUCGACAACAAAGUUGACGGUAAAGACAACACUGGAGCUAUGAGACCAAGAUAAGAAUGUGUUGAACCAGAGAACGUGUUAUGUCUCUCACAAGUAGCUCUGUUUUUCCAACUCAGGUCCUCAGCGACUUUGACUCGUCUGGUUGGUUGGCUGAGAUCGUUCUAAUUCGUUCUGUUCUGUGGGAAUUGUUUUGAGCUGGUAGGUCGGUUCAGGAACACCCAGUCCCUACGUGACUUGAGUCCACUUGAGGGACGUCACCGACAGAAGGGUCAGAGGGCGACGGUGAGGUCACCGACCAGAGUGAGAAACUGGAGCAAGAGAGCUUGGCAAUUGGACCCAACAUGGAGGGGUACGGCUACGAACACUUUGGGGUGGAUGGAGAGCGGGACAGCCACCAGAUGGACUACCGGAGGAUCGUAGGGGACACAGAGCUACCCCGUCCCAGCUCCAACCCCUCACCCCAAGACGCGGAGCACCUCUUCCGCCUCAGCCCCCAUGGGCAUGGGCAUGGGCACGGGCAUGAGACUGCCGCACAGCGAUACAGCGCCACCCGCAUCCAAGCUGGCUUUGGCCCCGAGAGCAUGGCUGAUUACCUGAUCAGUGGUGGUACGGGCUAUGUCCCAGAAGACGGACUCUCCGCACAACAGCUUUUCUCCGUUGGAGACGGCCUCACCUACAAAUCUGCUCAACAACAGUCUGUUGUCGCUGAUGGUCAAACGGCAGAAGAGCUAUGCUCUAAAGGCGACGGGUUGACUUACAACGACUUCCUGAUUCUGCCGGGCUUCAUUGAUUUUGCCUCGGACGAUGUGGACCUGACCUCUGCCCUGACCAGGAAGAUCACCCUGAAGACGCCUCUCAUCUCCUCCCCCAUGGACACAGUCACAGAGUCAUCGAUGGCCAUCGCCAUGGCGCUCAUGGGAGGCAUCGGCCUCAUCCAUCACAACUGCACCCCUGAAUUCCAAGCCAACGAGGUCCGCAAGGUUAAGAGGUUUGAGCAGGGCUUCAUCACAGACCCUCUUGUAAUGAGCCCGCGUCACACGGUGGGGGACGUGUUCGAGGCCAAGACUCGCCACGGCUUCUCUGGCAUCCCUGUCACCGAGACUGGCAAGAUGGGCAGCAAGCUGGUGGGCAUCAUCACCUCCAGAGACAUCGACUUCCUCUCCGAGAAGGACCACAGCCGACCACUGGAGGAGGCCAUGACUAAGCGGGAGGAGCUAGUGGUGGCUCCAGCCGGUGUCACGCUGAAAGAGGCUAACGACAUUCUACAGCGGAGCAAAAAAGGCAAGCUGCCCAUCGUGAACGACAGUGAUGAGCUGGUAUCCAUCAUCGCCAGGACAGACUUGAAGAAGAACAGGGACUACCCCCUGGCCUCCAAAGACUCUCGCAAACAGCUGCUGUGCGGAGCCGCCAUCGGCACCAGGGACGACGACAAGUACAGACUGGACCUACUGAUGCAGGCUGGGGUCGACGUGGUCGUACUGGAUUCCUCACAAGGCAACUCUGUGUAUCAGGUCAACAUGAUCAACUACAUCAAACAGAAGUACAGCGAGCUGCAGGUGGUGGGAGGGAACGUGGUGACGGCAGCCCAGGCCAAGAACCUGAUUGAUGCAGGAGUGGACGCUCUGAGAGUGGGCAUGGGCUGUGGCUCCAUCUGUAUCACCCAGGAAGUGAUGGCGUGCGGGCGGCCUCAGGGCACCUCGGUGUAUAAGGUGGCAGAGUAUGCUAGACGUUUCGGUGUGCCAGUCAUCGCAGACGGUGGCAUUCAGACCGUGGGUCACGUGGUCAAGGCUCUCUCACUCGGGGCAUCCACAGUGAUGAUGGGCUCGUUGCUAGCGGCGACCACGGAGGCUCCGGGGGAGUACUUCUUCUCGGACGGCGUGCGGCUGAAGAAGUACCGCGGCAUGGGCUCUCUGGACGCCAUGGAGAAGAGCACCAGCAGCCAGAAACGCUACUUCAGUGAAGGGGACAAGGUGAAGGUGGCUCAGGGUGUGUCCGGCUCUGUUCAGGACAAGGGCUCCAUCCACAAGUUUAUCCCCUACCUGAUCGCUGGCAUCCAACAUGGCUGUCAGGACAUCGGCGCCAAGAGUCUCUCUGUUCUACGCUCCAUGAUGUACUCUGGAGAGCUGAAGUUUGAGAAGAGGACCACGUCUGCUCAGGUGGAAGGAGGAGUCCAUGGGCUUCACUCUUACGAGAAACGACUUUACUGAUGGAGGGGCCAGAAAGAAGCGGACUAGGGCCGCCCCCGACGCCCCCACCCCCGUUGUGACCAAACGUAACCGCCACAUCUGACACCCACCUCAUCACUCUCCCUGCCGACUCCCCACACACCCCACGGGAGAGGUCUGGGGGGGAACACCUGCAAAACAAACACCAUCACCUGGGAAACAUAGGAUUUUGCACUUACGAAGCGGAACAUCAGGGUUUUCACCAUAACCCCCUCCCAGAAUACCGGUCCCCUUGGUGUGUGUGAGAGCGUGUUGAAGGAAGUAUUUGAUUGUGUGUGUGUGUGAGAGAGAGAGAGAGUGUGUGAGGAUAAACUCAGUGAAGAAGGUGCUGUUAUGCUAUCUUCCUCUUCCUGGUGAAACUGAGAGAGCCAUGCUGUCACCCCUCUGUAUUCCCUGGGAUCUGCUCGUACCGACACCUCCAUCAGAAGCCACAAACAUCCCAAUCAAACUAUAUAUAUAUAUAUGUGGAAAAACACUUGUCUUGCUACUCUGUGUGCAAGUGUAUUGUGGCAAUCCUCCUUUAUCUAUGUAGUUAGCUCUGUUUAUGCAGAAAUAUGUUAACUGCUUUGAGAAAAGUAGAUUGUUCUGUUAAACUUUUGACUGUGAUUUAACUGACAGACUCAUUGGCUGGGACUCUAGACUAGGUGACGUUCCCUCGCCGUAGUGGCCAUGUCAUACCCCCCUUAGUCGACGUGAACCAAUAAACUAGUGGCCUAUCACAGUGCCGGUAAACAAUGGGUAAUACGAUAAUCUUUUAGACUGGAAGGAAACGAGUUUCAAGAAAAAUUGUUUGAUUUAAAAGCUGUAAAGCAGGGUUCCCCAACUGGCAUCCCCCGUGCCAAAUUUGACCCACGUUGUUUCAUUUGCCCCCGCCCCCACAGUAAAUAAAUAAAUAAUUAUUAUGCUUGGAACAAAAGAGUGUAAAAACACCAGUUAAUCAGAACCAAGUGAUUUUAAUUUGGGAUAUCUGUUCCCAAGUAUUCCUACAGAUAAUACAGAGAUGUCAUCGUAUACAAAAUGUAAGCAGGGUUUGAAAUUAUUGUUUAAGUUAUAUUAUAUCUGUUUGGACCUCCUGCGGUCAAUUUGCAGUCUACAAAUGAUUUGUAAUUAUGUUCCGGCCCCUGCCCAUCCACCCAAGAAAUCGUCCCGUGGCUGAAUCUAGUUGACGAUCUCUGCUGAAGAAAGUCCCAGGGGCUCGAAGGAGCAUGAAGGGUUUUGAUAUGUAGGCUUUUUAGUUUUUUAAAGCCUCAACAUGGCUCUAUUUAUAUUCCGCUUUUUUCUAAUUCCCUACAUACUGCCAAAUGUAUCAACAUGCUCUCUGUUACACUGUAGUGUUAUUAAUACUAAAAGCCCAAAUUUAAAGCUACGAAUCGCCAGCAAUGUAGUCCCUCGCUCCACCCCUGUCCCAGAUUGUGGCACCAAUUGCUAGCAGCUUUGACCUGCUCUGAUUACCAGAGAUAUGCCUUGAAAUGGGGGUUGUCACGACGGAAAGUCUUAAAUUCCCGUAAGAACUGUGUUGUAUGUGCAUGGCGCUAUACAUCCUCCUCACCCCCUUUCUCACUGAGAUACCGUAUCUAUAUCAUUCAGCUUGUGUAGGAAUAGAUUUUCUAACGUUUUUCGUAAACUGUUCUUUUUGCCAGAUGUUUUUUUUAGGAUGUCUCGAAGCUGUAGGAGUGACUUUCUUUCCGUUUUGUGCUAAUGUACUUUGCCCUACCGGGACCUCACUUGACUAUCAGUACUCUUACAGUUGACAUGAAUAUUAAGUAAAUAUGUACAUGAAGAUGUAUGGAGAAUUAUAUACCUGUAUCCUGUUUGAAAUGGUUGUUUGCAGUCUCCCACCUUUAGUUAUGAGAAUCUCCACUGACUAUGAAACAGGCCUUGUUUACAAUGGGAUUACAACAGAAACCGGUCCCUAAUGCUGUAAAACAAUAAAAGUCCAAAUAUGUUGA